AUGGAGACCUGCCUAUUGAGGUUUCUUCUUGGGUGCUUCCAUCUGGAACUCCUUUGGGCAGCUGGGAUCUUCCAGCAUCAACGGUCAGCACCUCCCAAGACCACGACUCCCAAAGUAAAGGAAUUGAUCUCCUCCUCCUCCUCCUCCCUUUCAUCUUCUUCUUUGGCUUCACCUUUCACUUGGAUGCCUACCCUUAACUUGGAAAAGACUGAUCCUGAGGGAUCAGAGGCAGCAGUGGCUUUCCUGUACUCUGGGAAGGUGUUGCACCUCUUGCAAGCCAACUGCACCCGGAGGUUUGAGGUGAGGGAUAUGGGGAAGGCCUCUGGCCCUCCAUCAGCUUUGCGUUUCUACUUGCGCAGUACUACUGACACCCUGACUCAUGCCACCAAUUUCCUCAACAUGGUCUUCCAGACCAAUGACAUCAGGGAGUCCACCGUGAAAGAGGAUGUUGAGUGGUACCACGCCUUGGUCAGAAGUGUUAUGGAAGGAGAUUCCCAAGUUUACCGAGCCGUGCUGACCUUUGAUGCUCACCCGGUGUCUUCCAAGCCCCAGAUGAUGCUUCAGGCUACCAAGGAAAACAAUGAGAUCUUACUCCAAGAUCUCUCAGCCUCUGCAGAGAGCUUGAGGAAUCUGAUGUGGGAAAAUGAGUGGUACAACUUCUUCCGGUUCCAGAAAGCCCCAUUGCUCUACAAACGAACCCUCAGCAAUGACCUCAAGACCUUGGACACUCCCAAAUGGAGCCAAGGAGAUAGUUAUGUGAUGGAUACUGGCCAUGUCAAGUGGUCACUACCUUUCCUGGAAUGUGAAGAUGGGAAAUUCUUGCCCAACUGGAUGGUCACACUGUCCGCUUCCUUCUAUGGCCUCAAACCUGACCAGAAUCCAGAAUUCAAAGGGGUCCUGAGGAUGGAUGUUAAAAUCCAGAACGUUGACAUAAACCAGUGUGCCAGUGGACAGGGAUGGUUUGCAAACACAUACCAGUGUGACCUGAACAGCAUACAGUGUGUCCCACAGGAAAACAAGGGUUUCAUCCUCGGAAAAUACCUUUGUCUCUGCAAACCAGGUUUCUACAGGGCAAGUAGGACUUUGUCCUCCUCAUCCUCCUCUACUAAUGGUUGAAAUACCAAUAAACAGAGGUAGGGGGAAAGUGCUUCCCAAUAUAGAGCAGUGGAUCUUGAGAGCUUGCUGGAGUGCCGCCUCUGCCGUGAGGGAUGUACCACCUGCACUGAUGGCACACCAUGUUUGAUCCAGGAAGACUGGUUCUUGCGGGCUGCUGUCUUGGCAUUUUAGGCCUUCUGCAUGCUGGCAGUUUUCUUUAGCAUGCUGGUUUCCUACCACUUCAGGAAGAGCAAGAGGAUUCGGGCUUCAGGAAUUGUUCUUCUGGAGAUGAUACUCUUUGGCUCACUCUUGCUCUACUUCCCUGUGUUUAUCCUCUACUUCAAACCAAGCAUCUUCCGCUGUAUUGUCCUGCGCUGGGUGCACAUGCUGGGUUUUUCCAUUGUCUAUGGAACAAUCACCCUCAAACUAUACAGGGUCUUAAAGGUCUUUCUCUGCCGCAAUGCCCAGCGUGUCCCUUACAUGUCCAGUGGGCGGGUUCUGAAGAUGCUGGCUUUGAUCCUCCUCUUGGUGCUUUGGUUCUUAGCAGCCUGGACAGUUGGGAUGCUGGAAAACAUAGAGAAGAACAUCCCAUUGGUGGUCCGGUCUCAGACUACCAGGGGGCUCCAGUUUUACAUCUGUGACCAUGACCGUUGGGACUACAUGAUGGUUGUGGCUGAGAUGCUAUUCUUGUUCUGGGGAAGUUUUCUUUGUUAUGGCACUCGGACAGUCCCUUCUGCUUUCCAUGAGCCACGCUACAUGGGUAUUGCCCUCCACAAUGAGCUGAUAACUUCUGCUGCCUUUCAUGUCAUCAGGUGUCUCAUGGUUCCUUCCCUGCAUCCUGACUGGACACUAUUGCUGUUUUUCAUUCACACACAUGUCACUACCACCACGACUCUUGCGCUUCUUUUCAUCCCAAAGUUCCUGCAUGCAGAGUCAGCCUUGCGGGAGGAAAUUGCUGCUGAGGUGUACGAGGACGAGCUGGACUUGAGACGGUCGGGCUCCUACCUGAACAGCAGCAUCACAUCGGCAUGGAGCAAGCACAGCCUUGACCCCGAUGACAUUCGGGAUGAACUGAAAAAGCUUUACACGCAACUAGAGGUUCACAAAACCAAGAAGAUGACGGCCAACAACCCUCACCUUCAGAAGAAGAGAAGUUCCAAGAGGGGCCUUGGGCGCUCCCUCAUGAGGCAGAUCACUGAGAUCCCCGAGUCAAUGUCCCGACAGUGCAGCAAAGAGGAGAAAGACGGGUCUGUGGGUGGAGGGAGCGGGGGUCGCUCUGGCUCCUACAAACAGAGGCCCUUGGAUUCUGGCAGCUUGAGCAUGAAACUGAAAGAGGACUCCUCUUCCAAACACAAGGCAGCCUCAUCACUGAAGAAAUCCCACAGCACUUACGAGCACACAAGGGACGUCAAGGAGAACUUACCAGCCAGGCAUGAUAGUUGCAAAGAAGCUCCUUUGCUGGACUCGCUGAUGAGGAAAAAGCUAGCCAAGAAAGCCUUGGAGAGGUCCAAUAGCGACUCUCUUGAUGACUCAGCCCCUCUGGUGUACAAGUCAGCUAGUGCUCAAAACUUGAUGGUGGAUAAGAAACCUUUGCACCCCGGCCCUCUGCAGAAAUCCCUCAGUGCUGUCACCAGCGCCAAAGAAAAAGCCUUGCUGCUAACUAGCAGGGCCUACUUGGAAGACAUAAGUCAACUAGCCCAAAACAAAGAGAGGAGAGUGACCAUGGAAGACUCUGCAAUGGAAAGCGAGGUCUCCAGGUGCAUUGAGGCUACUGAUGUAGCCUGAGAUGCUGCAGUGAAACAGCUCCAGAUGGACAAUACCUCAGAGGGAACUGCGAGCUCCCUCCUGGAAGACGGCAGCUCCAGCAAAGAGACUGUGUGCCUGUGGGAAGCUGCAACGCCCCCUUCUAUGCCCUCAAAAAACAGGUCCCAGAAGCACAUCACAUAUGCCCCCAUCCGCAGUGUCAGCAUCAGCGCCUCUGAUUUGCCUGGGAAGAGACACCCUACCAGCAAGAAAACACCACCUGAACCACCCAUCAGGCAGCAAAGCUUGGUUCACAGCCUUGAACGGAAGGAUGCUGCUCCUCAGGAUACUCUGGACCAAAUGAAGACUCCCUCUGAGGCCCCUGCAAAUGACAUCAAGGACAGUCCACUGCUGGUGAACAGACGUCAGUGUGAAACAGAGGAGUCUCCGGCAAAGGCUGAGAUGGAAAGGACUAAUCUGGCAGAAGGUGCUGUGCCACUUCCUUCCCCAGUGGGGCUAAACAGGCUAGCGUCCAUUGCUGCAGACGUCUGCCCUUGGGAGGACAUGGAAAUGCCCAUUCCGAGCAAAAAAGAUCCAGAGGUGAGCAAGUCAGACAGUCAGAAGAGUUCUCCUGAGAAACAACCCCAAACUCCUCAGAUUGGAGUUCUCAAAAGCUCCAUGAAAGGCGUAAGCCUGGCCAUUAAAGCAUUUAACCGGUUGAGGAUAAAGACGAACAUAACAGCAAGAAAGGAUGGCGAAGGGAGCCAGAGAAAAACCGAGAAAGAUGCCAGUGGAAAGAAUGAGAAGCCCAAAUUGGCAGAAGCAGCUUCAUUGUCUGUUAGAGGGUCACCAAGACAACAGGCAAGAGCCAGGAGCCCUGGGGAGAGCACGGCAAAGAUAGUUAGCAAGCAAACAACCAUCUGUCCUCGGGACAAGGAGGAGACAUUUCCCAGCUCGCCGAAGGGUAGUCCGAGCAAAGCGCUUGAGGUAUGCCCUUGGGAGAUCAGCCAAGGUGGCCUUGCACGGGGCAGAGAAAGCAGCACAGAAGCUGCAACUGGUUCCAAAGGUGCCGGAGAGAUCCACCCGACCAGGCUGGAAAGGACCAAGAGCCAACAGGAAUAUGUUUGCCCCUGGAACACCAUAGAUGAGGAUCAAAACAGAGAGGGCAAAACCACCACUCUCUCUCUAGUGGUUUCACAGAUGGUCAACAAGAAGGCAGAUGCAAGUCCCUGGGAAGUGGCUGAGAUCCAAGCCAGCACUAAAAUUGGCAUGCAGCCUUGGGGAAUUGGCAGUGCCUUGCCAGGGGACGAAACAGUAAGAGAAGGUAAAGGGAAGCCUUCUGAUGGGCAAAGGAAAAGAAUAUCUUCAGGAAAAGCUCUUCCAACUGAAACCCAAGAGUAGGUGAGUGGCCAGCUUGACUCCAGGGAUAUCAAGGAGCCUCCUCUGGGGACAGAGAUUAAAAACAGUCCAGAUCUAUCCAACGGAGACCAACAGAAACUCAGGAACAUUGAGAGAGGGAGGCCACAGGUUGGUCCUUGGGAAUCUGAGGAGGUUAGCAUCAGUGUUAAAACACAGAUCUGCCCUUGGGAGAUGGAAGAACUUUCAUUAAAUAUGUUUGUAGAGGACAGUGGAGGAUCCUCCAAAGAGAAGAGGAAGAGUACCACCCCACCAAGAGUGGUGGCACUCCAAGAAGUUGGUCACCGAGAAGACUCCAUUUGCCCCUGGGAGGCCAUGGAAUUGCCAGGGGACAACAAUGCUCAGAAUGCAGCCACUCCGAGGAAAUCUGACAAUGGAGCAAAUAUCAAAGCAGCAGUAUGCCUUUGGGAGACAAGCGAUACAGAAUCAGAGAAACUGAGCGAGGAUUCAGGAGGGUGGUCCAAAGGGGUUGAAGGUAAAAAACUCAAAAGUCCAUUGUGCAAGGAGACCAAAGGUGCUCUGUCUAGGAAACUGGACAGAGAGAGCAGCAAUCAAGACACUAUUUGUCUUUGGGAAGAUGCAGGUGCUGAAGACUUCUCCACAAAGCCUGCUACCAUAACACCAGAACUAUCCAAAGUAGCUUUGAAGACAUCAAGUGAAGCUGAAGCAGCCAAAGUAUGUCCCUGGGAAAUGGCUGCACGCUCAUUAGAAAAAGGUAUGAAGAAGGUUGAAGGAGGACCUUUUAAGGGGGUUAUAUUGCAAGCAUCGCAUCCCGUUAGAAAACCAGAGGGCAACACACAGUGCUACUCUGUCUGUCCCUGGGAGGAUGUGGAAUCAGAGGGUACUUUGCUGAGGCCCGCUGCAAAAGCCUUAGACCCAAGUAACACAAGCUCAAAGAAGGCUGACCACUUCCAGAGCGAAAAGGCAGAGAUUGCUCCUUGGGAAACACAAGAGGUGGAAGCAGAUAUUAAAACAGCAAUAUAUCCUUGGGAGAAUGACACCCCAACAUCAAAAAGAGAACUUAAAAAGAAUGCAAGUGUAGUCUCCAAAGAGAAGAAAACAGGAUCCAGAGAUGCAGCAUUGUGGGAAAGCACAGGUAGGGAGCAUUCACUUAUCAAACCUAAGCCCCAGAGCCUAGAUCUGUCCAGAUCAAAAUCAGACAACACGGAAAGCCAAAAGGCAGCAAUUUGUACUUGGGAAACUGUGAAUUCUAAAGCAGAAAUCUGCCCCUGGGAAGCAACUCCAGCUCAAUCAGACAAAAGGUUCUCAAGACAAGAUGCAGAUGGGGCUACAAAAAAGACUGGGAGCACCAAGUCUAAACUUCCAGAGAAGGGAAGCAGUCCACAAGAAUCCAUCUGUCCUUGGGAAACCACAGACCCCAAUGACCAGUCACCUAGGCCUAAUGUUAAGAGUCCAGGCCCAUCUAAAGCAGGCUGUAAAAAAUCAAGUAGCAUAGAAAGCCUCAAGGCAGAAGUGUGUCCUUGGGAAAGUCAGGAAUCAGAGUCCAGCACUAAGGCAGAUGUGUGUCCAUGGGAGGUGCCUGAAAACCCAUUGGGCAAGAGGCCAUCAUCAAAGAGUGCUUGGGCUCUUGAGAGUCAUAGGGCUACCCCGACGAAACAAACAGGCCCUUCUAAAAUAACAGAGAAGAUGUGCAGUCCUCAAGAGUCAGUCUGGCCAUGGGACAGUGUGGAUCCCAGUGAACUUUCUGUUAAACCUGAAUGGUCUAGAAUUCCUUCAAGAAAACCAGACAGCAUUGUGAGCUUGAAGGCAGAAGUUUGUCCUUGGGGGGUAGUUGGAGAAAGUGUCAUGAGAAAGGAUGAGGUGGGCAGGGCUGCUUAUAGGAAAGAGGGCAGCAGGAGCACCUCCCCAAUGAGUUUCUCAAAGUCAAUGGAGAAGGUGAGCCGCUCACGAGAGGAUAUCUGUCCAUGGGAGAGCAUGGAGUUUGAAGAAACUUCAGCAAGAUCCAGUGGCCAAAGCCCAGCCCUAUCCAAAGCUGGCUCAAAGAAAUCAGAUAGUGCUGAAAGUCUACAGGCAGAGGUUUGUCCGUGGGAAACUGUGGCAGAGGAAGUGAGCAGCAUAGUAGAUAUGUGCCCAUGGACUGCGGCCAUGGCCCCAUUUGAAAAAGGGAAGCUAAGGCAGGGCCCAACUGAGGCUUCCAAAGGGAAGAAAGGCAAAGCACAGAGAAGUCCAGACUCAAAGAAAGCUGAGGGAGAAAUUACAUUUAAGAAGAUAGAGAAGUCAAAAAGCCACCAGGACUAUGGUGCCACCCGGGAGAGUAUGGACUUUCAGAGACCACCUGCCAAAAGCACCCAAAGUCUAGAUCUGUUGCAGGUCAGUGUCAAAAAAUCUGGAAGUGUUGAGAGUCUAAAGGCAGAGGUUUGUCCAUGGGAAUUCCAGGAGCUUCAAACCAAUCCUGAAGCUCAGAUAGGCCCAUGGGUGGUAGCUGAAGGACCACCAGAGAGAGGUACCUUAAGAAAGGAUAAAGGCUGGGUUUCCAGUGAUGAAACCACAGGAUCUCUGGAGAAACUGAGCAGCCUACGGGAAUCCAUUUGUCCUUGGGAGCGCAUGGAACUGCCUUGUAGCAAAAAUCCAGAUCUGUUCCAAGCUGGCUCAAAGAAAUCAAGCAGCAUUGAAAGCGUGAGGGCAGAGGUGUGUCCUUGGGAAACUGAGGACAAGGAAUCUAGUGGCAAGAUGGAGAUGCACUCCAUGAAAACAACACCAGCACCAAUCAUGGAAGAGCCAGUACGACAAGUUUCAAGUGGAAAAACACUGACCCGUCCAGGCUUGAAGAAUGUUGGGGGAGAAACUGCCUCUAAAAAGAUAGAAAAGACUUGUAGCCAUCAAGGGUUUUCUUAUCCUCAGAAAAGUGUUGAUGAAUGCUCAGUAAAACAGAGUAGUAAAAGUUUAGAUCUGGACAAGGUUGGCUUCAUGAAAUCAGGCAGUGUUAAAAGUCUAAAAGCUGAAGCCUGCCCAUGGGAGACCCAGGAAGUUAGAUCCAUUACCAAAGCUGAAGUGUGUCCUUGGGAGCUGGCUGGGGCUCCAUUAGAAAAAGGGACAUUGAUUAAGGAAGUAGGUGGUGCUUCCAGGGGGAAUAUGAAAGCAAGUUCAAAAGGCCCAGAAAAAACCCCAAAACCUCUGGGAAAAGGGAGCAGCUUUCGAGAGAGUAUCUGUCCGUGGGAGAGCAUUGAUGCUGUAGAAGUCUCGAUCGCAUGUGCUUCCACGACCAGUGCUUCUUUCAAGAUGCCCGACAGCAGUGAAAGCAGGAAGACAGAGGCCUGCCCUCGGGAAACAGAUCAACCAAAAGCAUCCACUAAAGAAGGCAUUUCUACUUGGGAAGCAGGAACAGCGCUGCCUGCUAAGAACAAGCGGGGUGCAACACAAAUCAAUGGGACAGAGAUGGCAAAAGACAUUGUGAAAACCUCCCAAAGCAAACAGGAGGGCCUGGCUGGACACAAGCCUUUGUGCCGCAGCCUUCCUUACAUCACACUGCCCAAAGGCUUAAGCAAAGGCAGCAGCUCACUGGUGGAUAUAUCAGCAAGAAGCAGAGCUGACAACUGCCCUUGGGAAGCAGAGGAAGACUCCACAUUGGCCAGAAGAGAGGCUGCAGAAACCAGCAAAACCUUCUCCGACGUGUGUCCAUGGGAGAGAAAAGAUACCAGCUUCACUUCUGCCACUCCAGCAAAAAGCAAAGCAGGGGAGAAGCCUCAAGGUGAUGAGGCAGAGGAUUAUAACAAAGCCAGAUCAGAUACAUGUCCCUGGGACUGGGACUGA